CACGUGGGGUUUGUCGGUUUUUCAUCCUUCUACCUUAUUUCUGUUCCUUGGCUGGUGAAUAUUUGAAUCCUAGCAAGCUUAUCACGCGCACAUGCACGACCUCGAGCCGCGUGCACUUUCCCCGGUCUCAUUCUCAUUCCCACUCCGAAACUCUCACCUAUCAGCGCCGGCGCUUUUAUAUUGUCGACAUGCGCGAUCGGGGAUGCGGUGAAGUACCUUCAAUCUUUAGAAUAUAAGAAGUGAGAACGAGCAAAGGAUAUUUGCGACGAAUGUUUUUACUGACCAUACGUACUCCACAGUUCGAAUUUCAGACCACAUUGCACAACCGCCAAUGACUGGCCGUUUCAAGCGGAUCACGAGAGGCUUGCGAGGUCAGCGAGGUUGUUUGUGUGUUGUACAACGUUCUACCGCACUAUGCUGUAAUGCAUCCCCAAUAGUGUUUCGGGCUGAACUAUUUUGUAGCUCUGCCAGCAGAACGGGCAGACCCUGUCAGAACGAUGUUCUGCCAGCGUGGCAGAUGGUAGAGUAUGUUGUUUUUAUUGUGCUAGAGAUCCCCUCGUCAUCACCCCCAAUAGUUGAAUAUGAAUACGAAUUUCCGAGUCUGGCUGGAUUUGACCGGGUCACUCGAGCGCCAAGUCACUGUGAUUUGUAUGUCAAGGACCCUAGUACAUUGACAAGACUGCCUGUAGUCCGGACUAGGUAUUUCAGAGACACCUUCGUGAGUGCAAACAGUUUAGAAUCUGGCAGGUCCACGGCGGUCGAGUCCAUUGGCAGGCAAGCACAGAGGACGAGAAAGCCGUUUGAGCCAUAGGUGAGUAGCACCUUCAGAAGGGGCUAACAAAACCAGCCAGCAGGGCUGCCAGCCCGUCAAUGCACGAGACAGGGGAAAGCCGAAAGCAUCUA